AUGGGCUGCUGCUGUAAUUCAAGGCCUGAAGAAGAGCCAAAAAUACUUGAAAAUUCUUCAGCUGAUAGAGAUGAAUUAUUAGAGUAUGUAAAGACGGCUCCUACUAAGGAUCCUUCAACACAGCCAAGCUUAAAUAAGGAAUUUACCUUAAAAAAGCCCACAAUACAUCAAAAUACGAAGCGUCACAACUGAGACUCUCUAGCAAAAUAUUUGCAAGGAUCUAUUAGACAAAACUAUACAACUGUCAAAACCCUAUGCAAAGGAACAGUUAAAGAAGUCUUUAUUGUGAUUGAUAAACGUAUAGGAUUAAAACGAAUAUUAAAAAAAUACCCAAAAAGUCAAAUAACACCAGAAAUUCGUACAAAAUUUUUAAAGAGAAUAGAACGCCUUAAAAUGAUGGUAAAAACUAAUCAGGAUCAUCCAAAUAUAGCUAAAAUAUAUGAAUUAAUAGAAUCUCCUUUAUAUUUCUACGUCAUAUCGGAGUGGUUUUCAGGAGGCGAGUUACUGAGAAAAAUAACAAAUGAUUCAUUUUUAAGCGAUUCUGUAGCCAUCCAAUGUAUGAUUGAUAUUUUCGACGGAUUAAACUAUCUGCAUAAACGUGGCAUCAUUCACGCAAAUUUAAAGCCAGAAAGCUUAUUUUUUGAAUCUAAAGCCCAAGAUUCACGUUUAAAAAUAGCUGAUUUUGAUCUCUCAAUUCAUAUUUUAGGAAAUACAUCAAAGCAAUCUAUUCACUCGGUGAUAUUAAUUUAGAUUUAUUUUAUAGCUCCAGAAGUACUAACUGGAGAAUUUGAUGAAAAAUGUGAUUUGUGAAGCGCAGGAGUUAUUUUGCAUAUUAUGCUUACUGGAAGACUACCAUUCGUAGGAAACACUGGAGAAGAUGUAAUAAAUUCAAUUAAAUUAGGACUAGACUUUGAUGGCCCUGAAUGAAUUCAAAGCCCAGAAAGUGCUAGAGAUUUAUUGAAAAAGCUAUUAGUUUUUAAUCCAAACGAAAGAAUAAGCGCAGAGCAAGCACUUGAGCAUCCAUGAAUAAAAUCAAAUAUCCAAAACAUCACUUCUGAAAAUCCUAUUUAUUCAGAUGCAUUAAAUCAGCUAACUCUUCCCCUCCGUGAACGAACAAAAAAAUCUUGUUCGCUCACGGAGGAGGGUAAUUAAAAAAAAUUAUAUAUAAAUUUUAUAGAAAAAUAUUUUUUCGAAAUUUAAAAAAAUCCCACUUCGCAAAAAUUGGAAAGCAAAUAUUAAUUUAAUUUGUAAAAUUUAUGUUUUAAAACUCAAUUUGUUUAAUUAAACAGAAUUAGCUCGAGAUUUCAUUAUACUAAUUAUCACUUAUAUAUCAAUAUAUUUUUAAAAAUAUUUUUCUAUUAAACAAAUUUUCGCUCAUGGAGGGUGAGUUUUUGGGCAAAAAAUAGGGAUUUUUCUAAUGGUUUUGUUCGCUCAUGGAGGGGGGGGAAUAAGAAAAAUUAGGGUAAAUACUAGACAGAUUAAAUCGAAAUUUGAAAAAUGCAUUCUAUCAUUUAUUGCUUCACACAUUUUAACUGCUGAAGAUGAAAAAGAGUUAUCCAAAUUAUUUCAAGAACUCGACACAAAUAAAGAUGGGAAAAUUAGCAAAGAAGAGCUUAUAGAAGGCUAUGGACGAAUGGAGGUUGAUUUUAAUAUUGAUAUUGAUGCAAUUAUGAAAAAUUGUGACACAAAUGAGAAUGGCACUAUUGAAUUUUCUGAGUUUUUAGCUACUGCAAUCAACUGAAACAAAAUGAUUUCAAAAGAAAUGGUUGAAAAGGUCUUUAAAUUAUAUACUUCUUUAUAAUACAAAGUUUGCUAUACAAAUAUGCUUUCUCAUGAAUUUUUCAGUUUAAAGAAAUUACCAUUUUCAAUAGGAGAGUAUAUGAUAUUACAGGAAAUGGUAUGCUAAAUUUGACUGAACUUCAAUAUUCCAUGCCAAUGGUCCCAAAAAAAGAAUUGAAGAAAUUUAUACGUCUAAUUGACACAAAUCAUGACAGAGUUAUAAGCUACGAAGAAUUUGUAGUCUUUAUUAAAAAGCGCAUUUUAAAAGAAAAAGAAUUUAAUUAA